CGGGUCAGGGAGAUAUGGGGCAACAGCCUACUACAUCAGGGCCCGGGGGUCACCCACAGAAGCUGAUCUGGGGCUUGAGGGCAGUAGCUGUUUUAGAAUGACCAUAUUUCCAUGGUUAUCACUCACACCCACAGACAGACACGUUCUCUCCUCCACCAACAGCUCCCUCCAGAGUCGGGAGGCCUCGAUGCUUGUCAGCACGUGCAAAUUUUUAAGUGACGUUGUCUUCCAAGAUUUACCCGCUGAAAUCUUCCUGCAGAGGCCAAAUAUUGUCAAGAACCUGCUUUCACUCCUGAGUGGACCAAUCAAAGAAGGGGGUGUGGCCAGGCUUCAGGCUGUAAGGACAUUGGCUGACUAUGUCACAUGUCUGCGCAGUAGAAUACGAUGUCACCAGGAUCCUAACUUUUACACAGCAAAACAAGACUUCAGCACCACACCAACUCCAUUCUCCACACCCUCCAGUUCUUCAUCAGCAAAUCAGAAUGGAGGAGGAGAUGGAAGACCAUCGGUGAUUGGUUGGACAGAUUCACGACCCCGGGGGGAUGGCCGGGAUGGAGAUACAACUGGUUCUUCCACUGGGACAUCUCGGGCUUCCAGUGUGGGCUUAAGCCCAGAAGGCAGGAGAGGAGAAUCCAUUGACCUUGAAGAUGUCCCUGCCCUUCAAUACCUGCAGUUAACGCUUCCACAGUUUUGUACCCAGGUUCUAGAGAGAGCACUGCCACUUUUACGCUCUACUGAUCAGGUCAUCACUAUGGAAGUUCUUCACCUUCUCCACUUGACCUUGGAUAUAGUGAUUGCCAUGGUAACACCAGGCCUAUGGCAGGAUCAGUCUAUGGCAGCUAGGGAAUGUAGUGAAAAGCUUAUUGAAAGCCUAGAUGUCAUGGCCGACCUAUUGAAAUUUCAUCACCAUAGCAACUUGAAGUCUGACCCUGAUGACACAAAUCAUGACCCUGGUGACCUUGUACCGCAUAGGCAAUGCUUGAUUGGUUUACAUGUACUUCUGGCUAGGAUCCUUGACCCUGUGGUUCCGGUUGACAAGUGGUAGUCGUUCUCAACACUACGAAGAUCACAAGGCCCGUUACAAGAAGUUGCUGUUACAGCUUCUAGCCCAUCCAAAAGGAAAGCUGCGACUGAGUGUAUUUACUGCUGUACUGCAAUGUGUUAAGCUAGACGAACCUCAGUGUGCUUAAAGCCAGCGAACCUGGCUCAACAAGCUGUGAGAAGGUCAGAUUCAUCAUCGACGCCGACAUCUUGUAUGAGAUCGUUGUCUUCGGACUCGCUGAUAAGGAUACAAAGGUGGCCAAUGCAGCCAGUGAGCU